GGAGCCCCAGGAGGCGGGAGCCGCCCACCCCUCUGUCCCGUGGGCGGGCUCGGGCUCUCUGCGUCGCGUUCUCCGUGCGUCGAUUGCGGGCGCCAGUGACGCCGGGCUGUCCCCCGCUCCUCGCCGUGCCAUGGCGCUGCUUCUUUGGCUGCUCCUGCAGGCGGGCGCCGGCUCCGCGGCGUACGUGGUGUCCGUGGAUGUCCGGCGGGUCGAGCGGCCCCUGCAGCACUUCUGGAGGAGCACUGGCUUCUGCCCUCCUUUACCUCACAGUCGUGCUGACCUAUUUGACCUGAGCAAAGACCAAGAGAUGAACCUUGCCUACAUUUCUUCUAUUCCACAUGGCGGCAUUGAACAAGUCAGAAUUCACUGGUUACUGGAACUAGUUGCUUUCAGAGUGAUGAAUGGGGAACUUCACUACAAUUUUACUGCCUUGGAUAACCUUAUGGAUCACCUGUGGGAAAAUAAGCUAAUUCCAGGGUUUGAAUUAAUGGGGAAUCCAUCAGGAUAUUUUUUAGAUUUUGAAGAUAAGGAACAGGUAGUAAGAUGGAGAAACUUAAUUACACUUCUGGCCAGCAGAUACAUAGAUAGGUAUGGGUUGGAGCAUGUUGCUAAAUGGAAUUUUGAAACAUGGAAUGAACCAGACCACCAUGACUUCGACAAUGUGUCCAUGACAGUGAAAGGGUUUCUCAAUUAUUAUGAUGCUUGCUCUGAAGGAUUAAGAGCAGCCAGUCCUCUACUAAAAUUUGGAGGGCCUGGGGAUUCCUUCCACCCCUUACCCAAGUCACCUAUAUGCUGGAGUCUUCUGCGUCAUUGCUACAAUGGAACCAACUUCUUCACAGGGGAGACUGGUGUGAGGCUGGACUACAUCUCUCUCCAUAAGAAGGGAGGUGGAAGUUCUCUCAACAUCUUGCAACAAGAAGUAGAAGCGGUUCAACAAAUUCAGAAGCUGUUUCCAAAUUUUUCUUCUGUUGCCAUAUACAAUGAUGAAGCAGAUCCAAUGGUUGGAUGGUCCAUUCCACAGCCAUGGCGAGCUGAUGUGACCUAUGCAGCUAUGGUUGUAAAGGUAAUCACCCAGCAUCAAAACCUGCUCAUUUCCGAAGCAAACAACACCAUCAACUACACACUGCUGAGUAAUGACAAUGCGUUCUUGAGCUACUAUCCCCAUUACUUCACACAGCGGACCCUGACAGCACGUUUUCAGAUGAACAAUACAAAGCCACCUCAUGUCCAGAUGGUGCGGAAACCAGUGCUGACUGUCAUGGGCUUACUGGCACUGCUAGGAGAAAAGCAGAUUUUUGCAAAAGUGAACAGCGGUGAAGGUGAAAGCACUGAAAACAGCACAAUUGGUGUCCUGGCAUCUGUGCACACCCCAAGUGAGGUGCAACCCUCAGACAGCUGGCAAGCUACUGUACUGUUGUAUUCAAGUGAGGAUAACAGGACUUCAUCCAACAUCAGCACGAUCAUAGUGAACACCACCCGCUUUCCCAGACUUAGAGAGCUAGUGUAUGUGACAUAUUAUCUGGAUAACAACCAAACCAAUCCCUACCUGAAGUGGAAGAAGCUAGGAAGCCCUGACUUUCCUUCCCCGGAAGAGUUUCAGCAAAUAAGGGAUGCUGAGGACCCGGUGACAACAGGCCCAUUCCCAUUUCCUGAAGGUGGCAUCCUGACCCUGAAGCAGGACCUCCCUGUUCCGUCAGUCUUUCUUAUCCACAUCUGUGCAAGACCCAGAUCUGUUCCUGAUCAAGUGACCGGUGUUCGUUUGAUCCCUCUCACAAAGGGGCAGGUCAUUGUGUUGUGGGAUGAUGGCUGCGUAAAUUCAAAAUGUUUGAAGACAUUUGAAGUGGAGUUCUCACCAGAUGGAAAAGCAUACCAGCGAAUUAAUUCCAAAGACACAGUAUUCACUCUCUGGGUCUACAGUCCAGGAGGCUCAGUCUCUGGCUUUUACAGAGUGCGUGCCGUUAACUACUGGGGGAAGGCAGGCCUGUCCUCUCUUUCUGUGGAGUAUGUUGAAGCUUUCAAGUGACUCUGAAGAGUGAUGCCUGGCUUGGUGUAUGCUCCCCACAAACGACAACUCCACAGACAAAGAAACUCCUCCCAAGCUGAGGAGGGAGCAUCAAAAGGACCUGAUGAAACAAGUAAGGAAUGUGAGUUAGAAGCAACUGCUCCUGUUAACUCUUCAAAGCUCAAAAGAUAGCAUUAUUAAACAGCCAGAACUAAUAGCCCAACUCUUACAGUUGUAAAAGACAGCUCUAGGACUGGGAUUCAGCUUGGUCACUAGGAAUUACGGGAAUUAAUACUUAUUAUUCCCCAUUUUACACUGAGCUAAUGGUCAGGACAACCCAAGGUUUAUACAGGUCACAAACAGCAGCAGAAGCAGGACCAUCACUUCACUGUAUAAGUGAAGAUGGCAGCAAAGGCACAAGGAAGACCUGAGAGUGAACUGCCAGGCUGUCCUGACAUAACGGUUUGAUGGAAACGCACACAGCAACCAGAUGCAUCCAGAGUAUGAAGUAAAGGAUCCCUGCUUCUCUGCUAGUUAGUCACACAUGCCCCUGUGGGUUAUUUCAGAGCGUUUACUGUGUCUUCAGAUUUAUGAGGUUCUUCAGCCUCUCACACAAGGGUUUGCACCCCGCUGUCACUGCAGUUGUGGCUGUUAUUUGGAUGCCAGAGCUAUUUUGCUCCCACAGACAGAGGAAGGGGUAGCAGCUCAUUCUCUGAUGUGAAGAAGGAACAGGAAACUCUAGCCUCCAGGCUUCCCUGCAUUUUCUGAUUUCUGCUUGUGCCCAAGUUACCUGGUAGGACUGUGGCCACCAAUUGCUGCCUCACUGUGGUAGAGGCCCCAACCCUGAAAGCCCUCUUCAUCUCAUUUCGGUCACUUAGGCUGGCCUUCUACAACCCUUACAGCUAAUGUCUCCCCGCAGCAUGCCUCCCCUCUCAGCCUGUAAGUGACCUGAGCCUUGGCUUUGGGUGACCAGGAGAAAGCUGAAGUGCUAGUGUUUUCAUAUUAGAGGAGAGCACACUCUUGAAUGUGACAAGGCUGCUACUGACAACUACUUAGGAAAUUAACCCAGAAGAGUUUGAGUUGCUGUGUUUUGCAAAGUAUGUGUACAAGCAUGUGAUAGCCCCAGACCAUGGGAUACAGAACAUGUUUGUCUGUCCUUCUAGCUGCCAAGCACUUUAUGUAACAGCAAAGUUCCCUGAAAUUGAAGGUGUGGCUUUUUACUUGCUCCUUUUUACAACGGGCACAGUUUGAAAUGUGCUUUUAAAAUGCUUGUGGACGGAAGGAUAAUGCCAGUGAAAACAGCUGGAGUGUUUUUCAUGAGAGGAGCAACUAACACUGAGAGGUUGCACUAACAAAUCCCCUACUGCUCUCCUUGCUGACCUCAGCCACCUCACCAACAUAACAACAAAGACUGCGUAUUUGAUGAAACAUCCAGGCCUCGGACAAAAGAACCCCAAGUUUGCACAGUGGGAGCAAGCUGAACUACCUCAAAUGACCUUGUUUUUACAGAAAAGUAUGGAAAAAGCCAGUAUAUAUGAGAUGAGGCCUGUAUCUUGUUACCUUCUGGUUACUUUUUCAUGUGCUUAUCCUGAAAGUGAGCCUUAAAAGAUUGGUCUUGUUGCAGAACUCAGAUGAAAUAUUUCUUGCCUCACUGAAGUCUGAAUAAAGACCACUUGUCACAUCUCAGUCUGCUAAUUCCUUGCCCAUAAAGGCUUGUGCAGAACUUUUAAAAUUUAAUGUCUACAUAAAAGUGCUAGUUAAUACCUGAAACUUCAGCUUUCUGUAUCCAUCUGUCACUGACUCUGAUAGGUUUUCAAAAAUUGUGUGUUUAACUUUACCAUCUCCUCCAUUACCAGGCAGUGAUCAGGCCUCCCUCACAGUUUCAGUUUUCAUAAGUGCCAGACGUGCAGAGCACUAAGUGGGACGUAACAAGUGCUUGAUAGUUCUGCAGCAUCAGAACCAAAGCAAGACUGCAGAGCACUCAGGUGUGUCUCUUGCUGGCCAUAAAUCCAAAUAGGAAAAUCCAGUGGCAACUGCAAGAUGAGAUUGAUUGCCUACUCUUCAAGCAAAAGCUUCCGAGGCUAUGUAACAAUUUUGCAACUGCUUGUUGAAAUGAAAGCUAGGGAAAUCCUUUCAAAUUAGUGUUUUAUAUUGUCUAAUUGUAUAUAUACUUCAUUUGUCACCAUCCUUUGUGCCACCCAAUAAAAACAGUUUUUAAUCUUUAA